CCUUUUUACAGAGAGUCAAAUUCCGCCCGCUUAAACACAACCUCUGAAUGUUAACUGCAAAUCACAAUGCCUAUAUAUACUCCAAACCAUUUUCUUCAUUGUUUUACUUGUCUUAAUCUCAUCUCUAAAACCAAUCUUCUAUCAGUAAUCUCUGUCUUCUUCUUCUUCUUUUUUGUCAAUUCCAUGGACGGCGGAUCAGCUAAAUGCAACGUUGUCGUUUCAGGUAAUAACGAUAUUUCUGUUCCUUUCGAUCACCAUUUCGACCUCGACGACGCUAUGACAAUGCCGGAAAACCUUCUGACCAGGCAUCAAACGGUCGUCGGUUUGGUCUCCGACAUGCCGACGGUUAAACAAGCGACCGGAAGUUGCUCGAUUUGUAUGGAGAGUUUGUCGGAAUUCGAGGGAGAUGGUUCGAGGCAAGUACUGUGCGGCCAUGUGUAUCACCAUGAUUGUAUUACUGAUUGGCUUUUGAACGGCAACAGCAAUUCUUGCCCAAUUUGCCGACAUGAAAUCUGUGGCUAAUGAUACCCAUCAUACGUGUGAAGCAUGUUCACUCAGGAUUUUUUUUUUAUCUUUUUUAUAAUUAUUUAUACUUGUUUGAGAUUAAUGCAAAAUAUUUGUUCAGA